ACCCCUACGCCCACUAAAGAAAAGAGGCAAGGAACGCACGAAAACAAGGCGAGUGGUCGUCGGGAAUCUGUGCCGUGGCUAAACCCCCCAAAACCCUCUCAUCUCUAUUCCCCGACGCUCUCUAGCUCCGAUAUGCACAUUUUUGCCCCUUGUUUACCUUUUCACGUUUUCUUGAAAUCCCCAAUCUUGGAUUUGCAGUCUGCAUUCAUCUUUUAAUCUCACCCGUGUGCGCCAUUGAAGAUCUGAGCUUUUAUGGUUCUUGUUCCCAGUGCGAGUGAAAGCCUGAAGCUUUGGGAAGGAGUUUAAGUUUUAAAAAUGGCUUACCGACGGAGUGUGAUAACUAGAGCGAAGCAUUUCUAUGAGCAACAGCGGUUUGCUCAAACAAUUCCCCACAUUUACUGUGAGGAUGACCGGAGAAAACCCGAAUCCAGUCUGCACAAUCCCAGAAUUUUAAGCGAUCUUCAGAGCUGUUACUUUGGAAAUAGAGUUAACAGUGUUGGUGGCAGUGUCCGGAAGCUUUUUCCUUCACAGCUCAUGGUUCCCAUGAGUUUGGGAGUCCCUUUCGUGAGGAAUAUGUCGACCAGUGUUGGCGAGGGAGUUGAUAAGAUGGAGUACAUGUCUGAUGUUGCUGGAGUUCUGUCUGAUAAGGCGGUUGAAGCCGUGGCUUCUCAAGCUCCAGCAGUGAUGUCUGAAGUUGCAAUUGCUGCUUCUGACUCGUUUUUGCCCGUGGCUGCCUUGCAAUAUGUGAUUGACUAUGUUCAUUGUUUUACUGGAUUGAACUGGUGGUCAUCAAUUGUCUGCACAACUCUAUUAAUUAGAUGGUUAAGCUUGCCAUUGAUGAUACAUCAGUUGAAAGCUACUUCAAGAUUAGCUGUUUUGAAGCCAAAGUUGGACGAGAUAAGAGAAGAGAUGCAAAAUAAGGGCAUGUCUCCUUCAGCUGUAAAUGACGGUCGUGAGAAGAUGAAUGCCCUAUUCAUUGAACAUAAAGUUACACCGUUCACUGCCUUGAAAGGGAUUUUUAUACAAGGUCCUGUAUUUCUCUGCUUUUUCCUUGCCAUUAGUAACAUGGCAGAAAAAGUCCCAUCAUUUAAAGAGGGCGGUGCAUUCUGGUUUACCGAUUUGACUACUCCAGAUAGUAUGUACAUCUUUCCAAUUUUGACUGCAUUGACAUUUUGGAUAACAGUCGAGUGUAAUGCAAUGGAAGGAAUGGAAGGGAAUUCCACCGCGUCCACCAUAAAAAAUGUUUCAAGGGUAUUUGCUGCAUUGACGAUUCCAUUUACUGCAAGUUUUCCAAAGGCCAUAUUCUGUUACUGGAUCAUCUCCAACCUUUUCUCACUCAUGUAUGGAUUGGUAAUUAAAAAGCCUCAAGUGAAGAAACUCCUCGGCGUGCCCAUAAUACCCCCGGCGCCUAGAACCACGGAUCCAAAACCUGCAGUCCCAUUUUUUGAAGCGCUGAAGAAGUAUGCAGCGGCUCAAGAGUACGCGGCAAAACAAGCCACUCAGCAGAUUUCACCAUUGCCUACCGAAGCUCCCAAAACAUCAACCCGACCCUCUUCCCCUGCUCUUAGUCACAGGAUCAGAGCCUUAGAGAAAGAGGUCAAAGGAAAGAAGAAAGGGAAAAAGAGGCGAUAAUGAUUGAUGAUGCAUGUUAUCAAUUCAAUUGAUAAUGAGUAAUAAACUGCUGGCACGAACCCGUGAUUUUUUGUUCUCUCACAUUCAUUUACAAAAUGAUAUAAAGAAACUUAUACGUCUUUUUGCCCAGCUUAUACGUCUCUUUGUUGGUCGAAUGAUGUUGUUGUUACUUUGAUGAAAGCCAUUGCUUGGUGGAUUGAU